GAUGUCGAUGGGGGUAAAUAAUCUCAAGAUGGCGUCGCAACAACAGAUGAACCAGCCUGGCGGGGCGCAAACUCAAGGUGGGAUGCAGGCGGCCACGUUACAGCAACAGCAGCAACAACAACAACAACAACAGCAGCAGCUGAGCCAACAACAAGAUUUUGACCCUGUGCAUCGCUUCAAAAUGCUGAUACCACAACUGAAAGAAAGUCUACAGAAUGUCAUGAAGAUUGCUGCAUUGAAUUUAGGACAUAAUACAGCAAUUGACAAUGGCGUUAAAAGCAGUGAUGCUGCUGUGCAGAGGUUUGAUAAGAGCUUGGAAGAGUUCUAUGCCCUGUGUGACCAGCUGGAGCUGUGUUUGCGGCUAGCAUACGAGUGCCUCUCUCAGAGCAUAGACAGUGCCAAGCACUCCCCAAACCUGGUGCCCACCGCCACCAAGCCAGACACGGUGCAGACGGAAUCGCUGUCAUACUCACAGUAUCUCAGCAUGAUCAAAUCCCAGAUCUCCUGUGCCAAGGACAUCCACAACGCUCUCCUCGAGUGCUCUAAGAAGAUCGCCGGCAAAGUCCAGCCACAGGGUAUCCUGUGACGGCCCCCGGACUACUGUGCCCUCCUUGGACCCACAUCCUUGUUUGUUAUCAUUUCUAUUUUUAUAUUUUUCUGUCCAGAAAUAAAUGUACAUUACAAAUCGA